AUAAUAUGCAAUGUAAAAAUUGUCAGGUUUUCAUACGCUGUUUGUAUAUGUGGGCAUUUGCUGCUGUAUAUUAUGGUGAUGUAUGCAUUUUUUCUUGAUGUUCUGAAAUUAUCUAUUGUAUAUACAUUUAUUUUAUUUAAUAAUUUUUUGGAUUGGGGAAUAUUUUCUCUCUUCCUCCUUGCCCUCCAUCCCCUCUCAUUCCAGCAUUGUGGAAUAUCUUCUCUAUUCCUCCUUGCUCCCCAUUCCCUCUCAUUCCAGGAUUGGGGAAUAUUUUCUCUCUUCCUCCUUGCCUCCCCCAUUCCCACUCAUUCUACCCCUAGAUGA